AAAGAGCAAUAUUACUCACUGAACUGCAUAAAAAGAAUGAGAAGUUUGCCCCCUAAAAUAAAGUGCUUCUACAUUUAGCCAUGGCAGCAAUUUCUUCUUAUAUGGCUUGUGCAAAGUUCUCUAUGUUGGGUUAUGCUGGUAGAGGAAAACAACUGAGAAGCAGAAGUAACUUCUUCGCUAAAUCUCAGCAGCAACCUGGUGAAGUCCAAGAACCACAAGAACUAAAUGUACAAGAACCACAAGUACAGAGAGAUAAAGGAGAGCCAAAAGGAACAGUGCCAAGGCCAGUAGAGGCUCAAGUGAAUGUGAAGAGUAAGAACAUGGGGAGAGAAUAUGGUGGAGAUUGGCUUAGCUGUGCCACAAGGCACGUGAGGAUUUAUGCAGCUUAUAUAGACCCAGAAACCUGUGCUUUUGAUCAGACACAGAUGGAUAAGCUCACCAUUAUUCUUGAUCCAACCAAUGAGUUUGUGUGGACUCCAGAGACUACAAACAAGGUCUACUCCUACUUUCAAGAGCUUGUGGAUCACUAUGAGGGUGCAGAUUUGACAGAAUAUACUCUGCGUCUGAUUGGUUCAGACAUAGAGCACUACAUAAGAAAGCUUCUCUAUGAUGGAGAAAUCAAAUACAACAUGGAUGCCAGAGUCCUUAACUUCAGCAUGGGUAAGCCUCGCGUUAUGUUCAACAACAACGAGUUUCAACCUUCGGAUGCAUGAUGGAAAAACUCAGAGUUGCCAAACACUACGGCUGGAGAAGAAGACGAACGCAUUGGGGUUUCUAUGAAAUGAAGAGCGAAAGAUUAAUGUUAUUCUUCCAUAUGUUCUUACCCAUCAAAGAACCACUAUUGACUGCAUUGACGGAUAAAGAGCUACAUCGUGCAUCAAGUGUGCCAAACCA